GCGCAGCGCCGCGGACGGGCCCGGCGGGCGGGCGCGUGGUGGGAGCAGCCGUAGGGGAAGUCUCUACGCGGCUCAGUCGGCGGCUGCCGUGCUGUGCGUGAGUGUGUGCGGUGCGUAGCUGCGAGGCGUGUGCGUGCUCAGGCGACGCCACGGACUGCAGGCGACACGACCGCGUGCUGCUCCCGGACGUCGCAGUGGCCGUGUGAUCGCCCACAGGCUUUUGCCGGUCGUCGAUAAAGGUUGCUUCCUGCAAGGAUCCAGGCGAGGGCAACGAACAGUUCCAAGGUCCAUCGGCGAUUGUUGCGUGUGUAUAUGUGUGUGUGUCAGUUUGUGUGAACGUAACAGUCUUGACAUCGCCGUCUGCUUGGAUCCCGCCGCUGCUGGAGACUUCUUGCUGGAGGAAAAGCGUCGAUUUCUCCGGAUUACGUGGCAGACCGGCGUAGGCGUGGACGGCGCGCCAGGUUGGCAGCGCUAGAGCGCGUGCGCGCAGAGGGGGCGUGUCGCGGAUUGUGCUGUGGCGGCUGGUCUGCCCCACGGCUUCAGCGGCCAGCGGUCGCCCGCGGCGCUUCUGGACGCUCCACGGAAGGACACCCGCGCUCGCCACAAAGGCGCAUGGCAUGAGCGCGGCGCGGUAACCAUGGCGGGCGCAGGACGGCGCCUGAGCGAGAUCGCGCGCUAGCGAUGGAGCUGUUCCGCGGGGCGGCGGGCCCGGACGGCGCGCUGCCCUCGGCGUCGGCCUCGGCGUCGGCGGCGGCGGCGGCGGCGGCGGCGGCGGCGGUGGGCGCGCUGCCGGGCCACGCGUCGCCCGCCUCCGUGUCGGACGCGCUCGUCGUCAAGACGGAGCCGCGGGAGGCGGGCUCGCUGUUCGCCGCCAUCAGCUCGCCGGGCGCGGGGCCCGGCCCGGGCCCGGGGCCGGCCAAGCGGGCGCGCCUCGACAGCGACUGGCUGUCGUCGCCCGGCAGCAACGCGGCGCCCUCGCCGCCCCCGCACCCCCUGUUCGGCGGCGCCGCCUCCGCGGGCGCGCCCGCCGCGCUCCCCAACGGCUACGCCUCGCCCCUCUCCUCUGGCGGCAGCUACGACCCCUACAGUCCGGGCGGCAAAAUCGGCCGGGAGGACCUGUCGCCUCUGAGCAGUCUGAACGGCUACAGCGCGGACAGCUGCGACGCCAAGAAGAAGAAGGGCGCCGCGCCGCGCCAGCAGGAGGAGCUGUGCCUCGUGUGCGGAGACCGCGCCUCCGGCUACCACUACAACGCGCUCACCUGCGAGGGCUGUAAAGGCUUCUUCAGGAGGAGCAUAACAAAAAAUGCCGUGUACCAGUGCAAAUAUGGCAAUAACUGUGAAAUUGACAUGUAUAUGAGGAGAAAGUGCCAGGAGUGCAGACUGAAGAAGUGCCUCACUGUGGGCAUGAGGCCAGAGUGUGUAGUACCUGAAUACCAAUGUGCAGUGAAAAGAAAAGAGAAAAAGGCACAAAAAGAUAAAGAUAAACCUAAUUCUACUACGAAUGGUUCACCAGAAGUGAUGAUGUUGAAAGACAUAGAUGCCAAGGUGGAACCAGAAAGACCAUUGUCAAAUGGAAUAAAACCUGUGAGCCCUGAACAGGAGGAGCUUAUACAUAGGCUUGUGUACUUCCAGAAUGAAUACGAGUCUCCUUCUGAGGAAGAUUUGAGACGAGUUACGAGUCAGCCAACGGAAGGAGAGGAUCAGAGUGACGUGAGGUUUCGGCACAUCACUGAGAUCACAAUAUUAACUGUUCAACUAAUUGUUGAAUUUGCCAAGCGGUUACCAGGAUUUGAUAAACUGCUGAGGGAAGAUCAGAUUGCACUACUAAAGGCAUGUUCAAGUGAAGUAAUGAUGUUUCGCAUGGCACGGCGCUAUGAUGUAAACUCAGACUCUAUACUUUUUGCCAACAAUCAGCCUUACACGAAGGAUUCUUACAACCUGGCUGGUAUGGGGGAAACGAUAGAAGACAUGUUGCGGUUUUGCAGACAGAUGUAUGCAAUGAAGGUUGAUAAUGCGGAAUAUGCCCUUCUGACUGCAAUAGUCAUAUUUUCAGAGCGCCCAUCACUUGUUGAAGGAUGGAAAGUAGAGAAGAUACAAGAAAUUUACCUGGAAGCUCUCAAAGCGUACGUGGACAACAGGCGGCGUCCCAAAUCUGGAACGAUUUUUGCAAAGCUGUUGUCAGUUCUUACCGAACUGCGUACUCUAGGAAACCAGAACUCAGAAAUGUGCUUCUCUCUCAAACUGAAGAACAAGAAGCUGCCACCGUUCCUUGCUGAGAUAUGGGAUGUGAUCCCAUAGAUGGCAGUGUGUUCAGCAGGUCCUGAAGUACUAGUCCUUACAAUACUGAAAUUGACUGUUUUUCGUAUUCAUUUGUUUUCAUUGCAUAUAUCGAAGGGGAAGGCAGCGUACAGUUUCAUACUUUCAUUAUAUCCCCAGUGAAAGCAGCAUUAUAUAUUUUAAGUCUCUACAGAUUCUAUUUAAAUGAACCUUUUUUAAUUAUUGCAGUGUCAAUAUUAUGGUUCAGCAACAGUAAAAAGUAGUAGUUUGACAAAAUAGUUACAGGAUUGCAAGAGACAAGAAACAGUGGAAGACACCAGCAGUUCAGCAAUGGGUAUCAGUGUCUGCUGCUAUGGGCUAUUUCCAUUUUAUUGUAACAUUAAUUGUGAUUUAUAAUUUGAAGACCCAUUAUUUUUGUAACAGAAAUUUUGUCCUAAUGUUUGACACAAUUUUAGAAAAGAAUGGCUGUCUCUGAUGAAGUGACUGAAAUUUGUGAGGAAUAUGUGGGGACCACCAUCUUUGGUGGGGAACAAAUCUGCCUUCACUGAUAUAUGCACAUAACACAGUUAUUAAGCAACUAGAAAUGAAUUUGACUGAUUUUAGUAACUUUCCCCUCUCUCUGAUAAGAAAGAAAAAAACUGCUUUCUUUCUAAACACGUUUUUGUAAUUACAGAAGUUGUAGAUAUGGUGCAAUAAAGUUUUAAGAGAUUCACUAUUCUUUGACUGAAAUUAUGUUUUAUAAAUAAGUCAUAUGUAAGCUGAAUCACUAUAGUAAUUGUCCAAAAGUACUGAGUACUAAGGGACGUGUGAGCAAGUAUCUGUAAAUUGGUCACAGGCAGUUUGAUAUCUGGGCAUUACAUUGGAUGGAAUCAUCCUAUUCUUUUAUUUUAAUCGUGUUAUCUACAUCUUUCUUACUUGCCACUAGUGGCAGUCAGUUUUUGUUCACUGCUUGGUGUGAAUGAAAUAACAAAUUUCAAAAUUACUUUUCAAGUAGAAAUACUUCUCAUUUAACUGUAAAAAUGAAAGAUGCAAAUGGUGUAAGGCCAUUAAUUGAUUACCUCUUCAGGUUCUGUCACUUCACCCUUUUAAGAAUGUUGAGUAAAAAAUGUUAUAGUGCUGUAAAUGUCUGUAUUAUGUGUGCCAGAGUUAAACAGAACUUAUUUUAAAAACCCCAACUAAGAUAGUAUCAGUACCCUUCUGAUGACAGCUCGUGAAAUCGUACUUCAAAGUAAGCUAAUGUAGUGAUGUUUCAAAUGUGCUUAUGUAGAUCAAAUGUGUAUCUAUUGUCUGUUUCACUUAAAUGUUACACUGAGAGCCAUGUUAUCUUAUGUCUGAUACUAAUUGUUAGUGUAUAACUUGUUUGUGUACUGUUCCUACUGUCUUAAUGUUAAUAUGAAAAAUACUUUAAUGGUUGUGAUAGUGAUUGACUAAAUGGUUUAAUUCGGAGGUGCAAAAGAACGGAAGAUUGAAGAAGCAUUUUUCACAGGCAUUAAUAGAAAACAUGUUAUUCAUCUUCCCGUGAACAUGAAAAACACCACCAAAAUGAAGGCUGUGAAAAAUAACUCUUGUUUUGUAGUAAGUAAAGGUAUUGGGAAGGAUCUUUGUGGACUUAACAUGAGAUAUAGUGUGUUUAAAUCUAGAAUCUAUAUAUAAUAUAUUAGGAUUGUAGCUGUUAAUGUGAUUGGAAAAAAAUAUUGCUUACUGUUAUGGAAAUGAUUAUUUGUUAAUUGUUUUGUCAGAGAAUUAUUUAUACAAGAAUUAAAAUUAGAUUGGGAGGGGCUUGCAGGCUUUAAGAAAGACUGGGAUGUAUAUUUUGAAGAGACAUUGAGUCUGGUGCCUUUACAUUGAGUUUAGAUGAAGCAAGAACACUAAUAUAAAUUGUGUGUGUGUGUGAUGAAAAUUAAAGCUAUAAGAAACUUAAGGUGCUGCCUUUACGUACAAGAAAUAAAAAAUGACUUCUCAUAUGUACUACGCUGUUUGCUCCUGUGGACAACAUAAACAGAACACAUCAGUGGCAUUUUAUGUAUUGCCGGAAGCUGAGAGAAUAUAGCCGUCCGUUUUUAAAUAUAUUGAAAUAUAGUUUCAUUUGGAGACAAACAGCACCUUUGUUUAUGUGGACAGUAGAAAAGUGAAAGUGCUGAACUUUUAUACUGGAGGAGUUAGUCAAUUAAUUUUAGUGAUAUGACAGAUGUUCAGUGUUUGAUGUACAGUGAUAAGGAAGUGCUAGUGCUGGAAGUGUUGAAGUUUUGACAGUUUCUUCAUUUCUUAUGGUGAGCCAGCAAUGAGUUUUUGGAACAACUGUCAUAGUGUAUUGUUUCUGUGGACUGUUGCAGCAGCUUUACGAUCUGCUGUUUGUAACUACUGACAUUGGCCCAUUGGGUCACAGUGUUUAAUGUGGAUACAUCGUUGCCACCAUCAAGACUGUUUGGUUCUCAGUACAGAUUUUCUUUGUUAAUAUAGCCUAAAAUGGCUGACUGAUUAAAAUAUCUCCUGAUAUAAAACAUUAAUUUGUUUUAACCUUCCCUUUACAAAAGAAUUUUAUGUGAAACUCAAAGUCUCAGUAGAAGCACAAAUAUCUUCUGUGGACCAUUUCUUCAAUCCAGAAAUGUUAUUGAAAGGCAUUUGUGCUUAAUAGUAAAAUUCCAACAUGAUAUCAUAUGCUUUGAUCUGAGACUGGGUUCAAGUCUUACUAAUAACGUAAGGUUAAUUCAGAUAAGUGCUUUUAAUCAUCCAUAUAAACAAGUAAGAAUAUAAUAAGAAUUUUUAUAUGCCACAUUAUAAUAUCAUGUUGCCUGUGGUUAAUUCCAUUUGUUCACAUAUUAUUCAUAUUGAUGUUCCUCAUACUUAAAAAGUUGAGGAAAUUUUCAUACUUUCCACACUGCAGUAGACUCCAAAUGAAUCUUAUCGAUUAAUGUUUUCAACUUUUAAAAAAUAAAAACUCUGGUCUGGAUCAGAUGCAUAUGUUAAUAUAUUUUAUUGCACUUUGGGACAUUCAAAGAGUAAACAACACAAAUCUAUCCAGCUGAAGCUUCAAUUCUGUUCAAUUUUGUAGAAAUAUUCAUAGAAUUUUAGAUAGUGUUUUGUUAUUGCAGUAUUGUGCCAGGUUGCCUUACUAAUGUUAAGGAGGGCAAUGGGGAAGCAUGUUUGUAUCCAUGUCAUCAUAAACCAUCAGAUUUCAUUGAUGGAGUUUCUACAUACAUUGCAAAAAGUUUAAUGCAAAAAAAAUUUAAAGACAUGUUGAAGCAGUGAUUAUGGCAUUUAGUGUCAUUCUGUGUUAAGAAGAUAAUCCCCAGCUCUCUUGUAGAGGCUCAACAAAAUGCACUGCCUACGUACCAUGAACAUAUUUUGCAUUUAUCAUUGUAUUCCACUUCAUUUUUUACAAUAAUGACUGUGUUUCCUGUUUUGAGAAAUGGUUUUUGGAUGCAGACGUCAUUUUUCACUGCCAUAUUGAAUAUAAAAUUUCUUUGAAAAUAAUUUUGCAGAAAUAAAUUUUUACUGCCUCUGUGACACUGUUAAACACAAUUUUGAAAGUUAGUGUAUUUUAUGAAGUUUGAAAAUGUGUUCAGGUUAUAUAACACCAUUCUAUAUUAGUAACAGCACAAUUUAAAGGAGUAACAGUGGUAUCUUCUUUACAAAUGUGCCGGAGUAUCUACAAAUGUUUUAUAAUCUACAGAUCUUAAAUUCACACUAGAACUAACAUGAAAUGGAACUGAACACAAAAUUAUUAAGACAAGUGUCUGCACAGGGGGGUUGUAAGCCACUGAAACAAUAAAUAAUGAUUUUUGCCUGGUGUAUAGUCCUUAACUGAGUGUGGAAUGAACUUGCAUUUCAUUCAUGCUGAACAGUAUGAGAUAGCAAACCACUGCCAUAUAUUAUCAAGCUAAUGUUUCUUAGCAUCUUUGGACUGUAACAGCAGACUGCCCAAUAAGCAACAUUGUUUAGAAGUAGGAUAUGCACGUUAUCAGGCAGUGAAUAAAAAACUUCAGAAGAUUAACAACACUGUGAGCACUUCACAUGGUAUAUCUUUGGAGGUAGAACUGCCAUAUGCAAUGAUUACAUAUAGACAACUGGAACUACAAAACUACCCUUAAAUAUUAGCAUUCAGGUUUAUUUUUAAUAUUUAGUUCAGUGCAUCUUAUUGGAAAAAAGAAAUUCUUCUAAAAACUCAACACCCAAAUGAAAGUCUUAUCAGUACUUACACAUAACCUAACAUGGAACGUUUAAAUUUGCAACGCGAAGUUAAGUGUAAUGUGUUGUUAUUUGCUCCUAAUAGGACAUUUUGGGAUUAAGUAGUGGGGCCUUCAAAUUUUUCUGUUUAGUGUGGCACUUUUUGUCUGUUCUCUUUCUUGAUCCUUGUGUUUUAUUUUGAACAUUUCAUAAAUUUGGAAAAAUGAGUCAUCACUAUUAUAUACGGGGAAUUUUCACUGACCCACUGUUGUCAAAAACAUUUGUGAUGUAGCAGUCAGUAUGUCUAGUAGCUUGCCCUUUAAAGGCCUACUCCUAAUGUUUUACAAACUUUUCCGUUUGAUGGAAUGCAUGUGUUACAACUAAAAAAACUUCAAAUAUAUUUCCAAAUACCGAAAUUCUCCAGAUCAUCCCUACAGCUAUGUAUGGCUUCAUAGUCUGUUAUUUAAUUUUAAUAUUUUGUCUUGUUAGUUUAAACUGCAUUGGGCAGAUAAUAUGCUCAAUAUUGUUGUGAGAACUCGGACUGCAAUAGGGCCCUGAAACAGUCAAAUAUGUUCUAGAUGUAGUAAUUGUUGUACUGGAAAGCAGGACACUACAAGCUACUCUUGGGAGUAGUGUUGAUAAUGUUUUCAUUUCACUUUCCAAAUAUUGGAGUUAUGAAAUCAUUGCCUGUCUCAUAAACUUUGGUGUCUUCCAGUGCUAGUCCACUCUUCUACCGACAACUGUCACUUUGUGGAGUUCCAUCACUCAUUUUUUUGUGAUUUGGAAUGUGUUUGAAUAUCAAUAUCCAAUCUUUCUGACUUUUAAAUUUUGUAAUUGGCAGGUGGUAACCACUAAAAUUGAUUCACAUCACAUUUUCUUGUCUAAAGAUCAGUGUUGAUAAAGCUGUAAAGGACAACAGUCUUUGUACACCAGUUCUUUCUCGUAUUUUCUUUGUUUUCUGGUUUUGAUUGUCUGUCUCACAUCAAGAAUGUGGUUUCACCCAAUAUAUCCUUUCCAAAUUUACUUUUGGAUAUCAGUUUGCUGCUUGUUUAGACAGGUAGUGUCAAUUGCUGACAGAAAAAUUGCAAUGGGGAGAGAAUUAGUAUUACUGAAGUUUGUGUUAAGUAUCACCCUAGGCACCUCUUUCCAAGAUAUUGUUAAUUCCUGGAUUCAAGAUUAUCUGCAUUUGUCAUAUUUGUUUUUCUCUGUCUGUAGCACAGUUUUCUGUUAACAAAUUCUCUGAAACAGGGAACUCUGCUAAUUGCAGCAAAACAUAUAUCAAAUGAUCCAGAUGGAAAAUGCGCGAAGCACAUUUCUUUAAUACAAAUUUCUUCGAACUACAUGGGCACUGAUGAAACUUAUAUUUAGAACACUGACAGGAGUACUUGUGAUCAAAGUUUCAAUAUAGACUCUUCAGGUUAUGUAAUUUCUCCUCAAACAAAAAUUGAAUUAACUUUUGAGUUGGCAUGACUGCAUGGCAUGA